AUGAAUGCUGAGACGUGCGUCUCUUACUGCGACUCGCCCGCGGCCGCGAUGGACGCCUACUACAGCCCGGUCUCCUCGCAGAGCCGCGAGAGCUCGCCUUCUUUUCGGGCAUUCCCAGCGGCUGACAAGUUCAGCACCGCGUUCCUGGCGGCCAAGGGCCAGAGUUACGGAGAGGCCAAGUGCCGGGGCCGCUACACCCCUCAGCAGCAGCAGCCACAGCAGCAGCCGCAGCAGCAGCCUCCGCCGCAGCCACCGCAGCCCCAGCAGCAGGACCCCCAGCCCCAGCCGCCGCCGCAUCUCUACCUGCAAAGGGGAUCUUGCAAAACACCACCGGACAGCAGCCUCAAGCUCCCGGAGGGCAGCGGCGGCCACAACGGGCCCCUACAGGUCUCCUGCUACGGCAAAGAAGGUUCCUUGGGGGAAACUGAGAUCACACCCAACUCUGACCCAGUUGGGAUGGACAGCAACUACCUUGGCGUGAAAGAGGCUGGGGUGAAGGGCUCCCAGGACAGGGCUGGCACAGACCUGCCCAGUCCCAUGGAGAAGGCUGACUCAGAAAGCAAUAAGGGGAAGAAGCGACGGAACCGUACCACCUUCACCAGCUACCAGCUGGAAGAGCUAGAGAAGGUCUUCCAGAAGACCCACUACCCAGAUGUCUAUGCCCGAGAGCAGCUGGCCAUGAGGACAGACCUCACCGAAGCUCGGGUGCAGGUCUGGUUCCAGAACCGACGGGCAAAAUGGAGAAAGAGAGAGAGGUUUGGGCAGAUACAACAGGUCCGCACCCACUUCUCCACAGCCUAUGAGCUGCCCCUCCUUACCAGAGCUGAGAACUAUGCCCAGAUCCAGAAUCCAUCUUGGAUUGGCAACAAUGGCGCAGCCUCGCCUGUCCCAGCCUGCGUGGUCCCCUGUGAUCCAGUGCCCACCUGCAUGUCUCCCCACGCUCAUCCCCCUGGUGCCAGCGCUGGUGUCUCUGACUUCCUGAGUGUCUCCGGGGCCAGCAGCCACGUGGGCCAGACACACAUGGGCAGCCUGUUUGGGGCCGCUGGCCUCAGCCCCGGCCUCAACGGCUAUGAGCUCAACAGUGAACCUGACCGGAAGACCUCCAGCAUCGCAGCCCUGCGGAUGAAGGCCAAGGAGCACAGUGCUGCCAUUUCUUGGGCCACAUGA